GCCAGUCCCCGCUUCUCUGCGCUGGCGAGUCGGGGACUAGGGCUGGAGAGAUCGCCGGGGAGCAUCGUCACCACUCCAGCACGGAGCCUCGCCUGGCCAAACACUGCGCACUACACUCGUUGGGAUUGCAAAACAUUCCUGAGAAAUAUACCUGCUAUUUAUGGCAUGUGGCUGGUAACUUUAUUCCUGCUGUAUUCUUUUCAAGAAGUGCACAGCGAGGAUGUGGGCUCGACGCGGCUGUACUUUGUGAACGCCUCCUUGCAGAGGGUGACGUUCUCCAGCUCGGUGGGGGUGUCCCUGCCCUGCCCAGCGGGCGGUGCCCCCCACGCCGUCCUGCGCUGGUACCUGGCCACCGGCGACGACAUCUACGACGUCCCGCACAUCCGCCAUGUCCACGCCAACGGGACGCUGCAGCUCUACCCCUUCUCCCCCUCGGCCUUCAACAGCUUCAUACACGACAACGACUACUUCUGCACCGCCGAGAACCAGGCCGGGAAGAUCCGCAGCCCCAGCAUCCGCGUCAAGGCCGUGUUCAGGGAGCCCUACACAGUGCGAGUGGCCGACCAGCGCUCCAUGCGGGGCAACGUAGCCGUCUUCAAGUGCCUCAUCCCGGCUGCCGUGCAGGAGUACGUCAGCGUGGUGUCCUGGGAGAAGGACACGGUCUCCAUCGUCCCAGGUAACAGGUUCUUCCUGACGUCCUACGGUGCCCUGUACAUAUCGGACGUGCAGAAGGAGGACGCUCUCUCCACCUACCGCUGCAUCACCAAGCACAAGUACAGCGGAGAGACCAGGCAGAGCAAUGGGGCCAGGCUUUCUGUGCUGGACCCAACGGAGUCCACCCCCUCCAUCCUGGACAGCUUCCAGUCGGGGGAGGUGCAGGUGGGGCGCAGCGUGGAGCUGCCCUGCAUCGCCUCGGGGUACCCCAACCCCACCAUCCGCUGGCUGAAGGACGGGCGGCCGCUCCCCGCCGACUCCCGCUGGACCCGCCGCCUGACGGGCCUGACGGUCAGCGACCUGCGCCUGGAGGACAGCGGCAACUACAUCUGCGAGGUCACCAACAGCUUCGGCUCCAAGGAGGUGACCGGACACCUCAACGUCAUCGACCCCCUGCGCGUGACCCUCUCCCCUAAGAACCUGAAGACGGGGAUCAGCAGCACGGUCAUCCUGUCCUGCGCGGUGCAGGGGUCGCCCCAGUUCACCGUGGCCUGGUUCCGCAACACCGAGCCAGUGGCCCCCGACCAGCACUUCUCCAUCCAGGGGGUCCACAACGAGACGCUGUUCAUCACCGCCGCCCAGAAGCGCCACUCAGGGGCCUACCAGUGCUUCGCCACCCGCAAGGGCCAGACCGCCCAGGACUUCUCCAUCAUCCUGCUGGAGGACGGGACGCCCCGCAUCGUCUCCUCCUUCAGCGAGCGCGUGGUGGCCCCGGGGGAGCCCUUCUCCCUCAUGUGCGCGGCCAAGGGGGCGCCCCCCCCGACCAUCACCUGGACGCUGGACGACGAGCCGGUGGCGCGGGACCCCACGCACCGGGCCAGCCAGUACACGCUGUCGGACGGGAGCACGGUGUCGCACGUGAACGUGAGCAGCCCGCAGAUCCGCGACGGGGGGGUCUACCGCUGCGCCGCUCGCAACUCCGCCGGCAGCGCCGAGUACCAAGCGCGCAUAAACGUAAGAGGGUCCCCCAGUAUCCGGGCGAUGCGGAACAUCACGGCGGUGGCGGGGCGCAACACCUACAUCACCUGCCGCGUGAUUGGCUACCCGUACUACUCCAUAAAGUGGUACAAGGACGCCCUGCUGCUGCCCGACAACCACCGGCAGGUGGUGUACGAGAACGGCACCCUGAAGCUGAGCGACGUGCAGAAGGGCAUGGACGAGGGCGCCUACGUCUGCAGCGUCCUCAUCCAGCCCCAGCUCUCCAUCAGCCAGAGCGUCUACGUCACCGUCAAAGUGCCCCCCCUGAUCCAGCCCUUUGACUUCCCGCCCACCUCCAUCGGGAAGCUCAUGUACAUCGCCUGCGUGGUGUCGUCGGGCGACAUGCCCAUCCGCAUCACCUGGCGCAAGGACGGCCAGGAGAUCGUGCCGGGCUCCGCCGGGGUCAACAUCGAGACCAAGGAGUUCAUGAGCUCCCUGCAGAUCUCCAAGGUCUCCCUGGAGCACAACGGCAACUACACCUGCAUCGCCAGCAACGACGCCGCCACCGUCAGCUCCGAGAGACAGCUCAUCGUCACCGUACCUCCACAGUUUAUCGUCCAGCCCAACAACCAGGACGGUAUCUAUGGCAAGGCGGGGGUCCUGAACUGCUCGGUGAACGGCUACCCCCCUCCCAAAGUCAUGUGGAAGCACGCCAAAGGCAUCGGGAACCCCCAGCAGUACCACCCCGUCCCGCUGACUGGCCGGAUCCAGAUCAUGUCUAACGGGUCGCUGCUGAUCCGGCACGUUCUGGAGGAGGACCGGGGGUACUACCUGUGCCAGGCCAGCAACGGAGUGGGCUCAGACAUCAGCAAGAGCAUGCUGCUGACCGUGAAGAUCCCGGCCAUGAUCACGUCCCACCCCAACACCACCAUGGCCAUCAAGGGGGAGGACAAGGAGCUGAACUGCACCGCGCGGGGGGAGUGGCCUAUCAUCAUCCGCUGGGAGCGCGGCGACACGGUCAUCGACCCCGACCGCAACCCCCGCUACACCAUCACCACCAGCCCCAACGAGAAGAGCGACGAGGUCAUCUCCACGCUCAAGCUGAAGCCAGGACGGGGACUCGUUCUUCUCCUGACCGAUCAAGUCGAGAGGCUGGGCUAUCCACACCAGCCCCCGGACCCCCCAGAGCUGGAGGUGCGUGAGGUGAAGGACCGCAGCAUGAACCUGCGCUGGACCCAGAGGUUCGACGGCAACAGCAUCAUCACCAGCUUCGACAUCGAGUACAAGAACAAGUCUGACCCCUGGGAGCUGAAGCACGCCACGCGCAAGAUCUCGCCCACCAACAACCAGGCCAACAUCGUGGAGCUGCACCCGGCCAGCGUCUACAGCAUCCGCAUGUACUCCUACAACAAGAUCGGCCGCAGCCAGGCCAGCAAGGAGCUGACCAUCAGCACGGAGGAGGCCCAGCCUGACGGUCCCCCCAUGGAAGUGAUCCUGCAGCCUAUGACAUCACAGAGCAUUCGGGUCACUUGGAAGGCCCCGAAGAAGGAGCUCCAGAACGGGGUCAUCCGGGGUUACCAGAUCGGCUACCGCGAGAACGGGCCGGGCAGCAACGGCCAGUACAGCAUCGUGGAGAUGAAGGCCACGGGCGACAGCGAGGUGUACACCCUGGACAAGCUGAAGAAGUUCGCCCAGUACGGCGUGGUGGUGCAGGCCUUCAACCGCGCCGGCACCGGGCCGUCCAGCUCCGAGAUCAACGCCACCACGCUGGAGGACGUGCCCAGCCAGCCGCCCCAGAAUGUGCGCGCCAUCACCGUCACCUCCGACGAGGCGGUGAUCACAUGGUCCGAGCCGCCGAGGAUGACGCUGAACGGCGUCCUGAAGGGCUACCGCGUGGUGUUCUGGUCCCUCUUCCCUGAUGGAGAAUGGGGGGAGAUGCAGAACAUCACCACCUCCAGGGAGCAGGUGGAGCUGAAGGGUCUGGAGAAGUUCACUAACUACAGUGUGCAGGUGCUGGCGUACACGCAGGCCGGGGACGGCGUGCGCAGCAACGUGCUCUACAUCCAGACCAGAGAGGACCACCCGGGUCCUCCAGCAGGGAUCAAGGCCGUCCCCUCCUCUGCCAGCAGUGUGGUGGUGUCCUGGCUACCCCCCAAUAAGCCCAAUGGUAUCAUCCGCAAGUACACCAUCUACUGCUCUAGCCCUGGGUCCGGACAACCGGUCUCCUCUGGGCACUCCGGUUUCCUCCCACAGUCCAAAGACAUGCAGGCGCCCAGCGAGUACGAGGCCAAUCCCGAGCUGCUCUUCUACCGGAUCACCCACCUCAACCGCGGCCAGCAGUACCUCAUCUGGGCGGCCGCUGUCACCACCGCCGGCCGCGGCAACAUCAGCGAGAAGGUGACCGUGGAGCCUGCUGGGAAGGCCCCGGCCAAGAUCCUGUCCUUCGGGGGCACGGUGACCACGCCCUGGAUGAAGGAGGUGCGUCUGCCCUGCAGCUCCGUCGGGGAGCCCACGCCCACCAUUAAGUGGACCAAAGACAGUGAGGACUCGGCUAUCCCAGUGACACUGGAUGGUCACCGGCUGAUCCUGGCCAAUGGCACGCUGGUGCUGCGCUCUGUGAAAGCAGAGGAUUCUGGGUACUACACCUGCACUGCCACAAACACCCUGGGAUUUGACACCAUCAUUGUGAACCUGCUGGUGCAAGUGCCCCCCGAUCAGCCACGCCUCACGGUCUCCACCACCUCCACCUCCUCCAUCACCCUGGCCUGGAUCCCAGGAGAUAACGGGGGCAGCUCCAUCAGAGGCUUCGUGCUCCAGUACUCGGUGGACAACACGGAGGAGUGGAGGGACGUGUUCAUCAGCUCCAGCGAGCGCUCCUUCAGGCUGGACAACCUGCGCUGCGGCACCUGGUACAAGGUCAAGCUGGCGGCCAAGAACAGCGUGGGGGCGGGGCGCAUCAGCGAGAUCAUCGAGGCCAAGACGCACGGCCGCGAGCCUCAGUUCAACAAGGACCAGCCGCUGUUCACCCACAUCAACUCCACCCACGCCCGGCUCAACCUGCAGGGCUGGGCCAGUGGCGGCUGCCCCAUCACCGCCGUCCUGCUGGAGUUCCGGCCCAAGGGCACCUGGGCGUGGCAGAACCUGCGCACCAACGCCUCGGCCGACGUCUUCCUGGCCGAGCUGCGGGAGGCCACCUGGUACGAGCUGAAGAUGAAGGCCUGCAACAGCGCCGGCUGCGGCAACCAGAGCUCCCAGUUCGCCACGCUGGACUACGACGGGAGCACCAUCCCGCCCAUUAAGUCUGCGAGGGGGGAGGGUGACGACGUGAAGAAGCUCUUCACCAUCGCCUGCCCCGUCAUCCUCGUCACCCUCGGCCUGGCCCUCCUCUUCAUCAUCCGCAAGAAGCGCAAGGAGAAGAGGCUCAAACGGCUGCGGGAUGCCAAGAGCUUGGCGGAGAUGCUGAUCAGUAAGAACAAUCGCAGUUUCGACACCCCAGUGAAGGGCCCCCCAGCGGGCCCCCGGCUCCACAUCGACAUCCCGCGCGUCCAGCUGCUCAUCGAGGACAAGGAGGGCAUCAAGCAGCUCGGUGAAGACAAAGCCACCAUCCCUGUGACAGACACAGAGUUCAGCCAAUCGGUGAACCCGCAGAGCUUCUGUACAGGCGUGUCUGUACAUCAUCCCGCCCUCAUCCAGAACACAGGGCCCCUGAUUGACAUGUCAGACAUACGACCAGGAACUAACCCAGUGUCCAGGAAGACAGUCAAGUCUGCUCACAGCACGCGGAACCGCUACUCCAGCCAGUGGACCCUCACCAAGUGCCAGGCCUCCACCCCCGCCCGCACCCUCACCUCCGACUGGCGCACGGUGGGCUCCCAGCACGGCAUCACCGUCACCGAGAGCGACAGCUACAGCGCCAGCCUGUCCCAGGACACGGACAAGGGGCGGAACAGCAUGGUGUCGACGGAGAGCGCCUCCUCCACCUACGAGGAGCUGGCGCGGGCCUACGAGCACGCCAAGCUGGAGGAGCACCUGCAGCACGCCAAGUUCGAGAUCACCGAGUGCUUCAUCUCCGACAGCUCCUCGGACCAGAUGACCACCGGCACCAACGACAACGCCGACAGCAUGACCUCCAUGAGCACGCCCUCGGAGCCCGGCAUCUGCCGCUUCACCGCCUCGCCGCCCAAGCCCCAGGACUACGACCGCGGCAAGAACGUGGCCGUGCCCAUCCCCCACCGCGCCAACAAGAGCGACUACUGCAACCUCCCCCUGUACAUGAAGACGGACCCUUUUUUCCGGAAGCAGCCGGACCUGCACGACCCGUGUCCGGUGGUGCCGCCGCGCGAGGCCUCCAUCCGCAGCCUGGCGGCCCGGGCGUACCACACGCAGGCGCGCCACCUGACUCUGGACCCGGGGAAGCAGCAGGCCCUGACGCUGGGCCACGGCGGGCUGAGCGGCCUGGGCGGGGGCGGGGCCUCGGGCGCAGCCGGGCUGGGCGGCGGCUCGGGGACCGCCACCCUGCCCCAGAGGACCCUCACCAUGCCCGGCCCCUCGUCCCAGAGCGCGGCCAACGUCGCCGCCGCCGCCGCCUCCUCCUCCUCCUCCGCCUCCGGCGCGGUGGCGGGCGGGGCCAGCUCGGGCAGCGGCAGCGCCGCCGCCGCCGCCGCCAAAGUGGGCGGCUCCAGGGACUCCCUCUUGGAGAGCAGCUCGUCCGGGCUGGGCAGACUGCAGAAGCAAGGAGCCGGAGCCUACUCCAAGUCCUACACGCUGGUGUAGGGCCACCGGGGCCAGGGGGGAGAGGGGGCGGGGCAACCCGCUGGCAUAGGCCCGCCCCUCCCACCCCUGAGUCGGCUCAGUGUGCAAACUGUCGGUGUCUAUGUGGACAGGAGCACACCAGCAGGCCCUUAGAGCACAGAGGCUCCUUCACCUCUCCUUUUCUCUCUCUCUCCGUCUCUUUUCUCACUCUUUCUCUGUCUCUCUCUCCCCUUGAAACAUGCCAAACCCCAUCUCAUUUCCCCUGCCACAGUCCUUCCCUUCUUUACCACUCUCUCUUUCUCUCUCUCUCACUCUCUCUCUCUCUCUCGCUCUUUCUGUAUCUCUUUUCUCUUGACACCUUGCAAACUUAUGCACAAAACACUUUCCUCAUGCACUUGUUUCUCUAAUUCAGAAGUUAGGAAGUAUCAAGCAUAAGAGAUGUAUAGUUUCACAUAAAGCUGUCUAGGUGUUUUAGGCUGUCGAAAGUGUUCCUUUUUAUGUCUCUUAACAGUGAGCGUUUUUCGGUUUUUUGUUCUAAAAGAGAAAAGGAAAACAAUGCAUCGUUGCGGAAAGUGCUUAUGCAUAGUUGGCGUUGGUGUCCCUCCCCGGCCCUCCAAGCCUCUUUGUGUUUUAUUUCUUCUAUCUCGGCCACACCCCGCUCAAAAACAGUUCCAAGACUGUGCUCUGAGCCACCAUGUUUUCUCGUUUUUUUUUUUUUUUUAGUCCGUGGAAUUUUUUUUUCAUGCAAUUGAUGACACAGAAUAUAGUAUUGCUGACUUUUUUAACAAACAACAAAAAAAGAGAAAAAAAAAGUCUGGAAUUAUCUUUACGGAGGACAAGUCGGAAUGUUUUUUUCCGAGGUUUUUUUUUUUUUUUUUUGUUCUUUCAAUUAUAUUAUUUUUAAAAUAUAAACUCAUGUGCACUAAAAAGAGUGAUCGGAACCUUAGAACUGUGGCAAGCCUGUGCGUGUGUGAGUGUGUGGGUUUGUGUGUGCGCGCGCGUGUGUGUGUGUAUAUGUGUAAAUAUAUAUAUGUAUACAUGUGGCCAACACGCACCGAAAGACCCUUUCGAUCGGUUUAUGGUUCUUAUUUCCUGGCGAGUCGGUUCUUUGAGAGAAGCCAGCCAUUGUCGUCCAUUUUGAGACCUUCCUCGGAGAGAGCUUUUGCUCCGCAGAACCAGGUUGCCGUGUGGAAUGGAGAGGACCACCACUGUUCCCUUUGCCUGUUCGUCGGUUCCCCACCCCCCCCUUUUUGUUUGUUUGCGUCGCACUUGUCUGGCGACCCUCAAGUUUGCGAACGGACGCCGCACCGCGUCGUCUUUUUACCUGGAUCCAAUCAAACGGUCCGCGGCGUGGGGGAAGGAGCGGCGCAGGAGGGGACCGCGCGCCAUUCUUUUAUGAGACGGGACGAGGGAGCGGGACGCUGGAGGAUGGGCCGCGUCCGGGCUCUUCGUCUCCCUCUCCUCCCUCCCCUCCAGCCGGGACGCAGCGCUUUUCGUUCGUCCACACUCCGACCUUCCCCCUCCGUCCGCCCUUUCGUCCCUCUGUCUUCCCUUCCUUCGCUGUGACCGCCUCGCAGCCUCUCUCCGACGGAUAGAUGGACAGACCAGGGGAGGAGGAAGAGAGAGAAAGAGAGGGAUCCGCGGCAGCCGGGUAGCCUUUUUUUUUCUCUUUCAUUUCAAGUCUUCAUUUUCUUUCUUUCCGUUUGCAUUCGUCUUUUCCUCUAACUGUGUUGGCGUUCCCACGAGUCUCACUCACUUGAGGUUAGUCCUCAGAAACACCAGCUUUAGCUUUUGCUGUGGGAAGGAUUUUUGGGCUGGG